AUGAGCGCCGACAGCAUCUCCGAUUUCCUUGCUGAGCAACGAGACGCAGCUCCGGAAGAGCUCCAGCCGCUCAUCCUCAACUUCGAGGACUACUGGGAGCGCAAGCUUUGGCACCAACUCACAGACGCCCUCGUCGAAUUCUUCAACCACGAUGGCAGCGCCCCGCAGCGCUUGGCCUUCUACAAUGUCUUCAUCCUCAAGUUUGCCGAUAAGAUUAACAAGCUGAAGUUGGUGUUGCUGGCCCUCAAGGCUGCCACACAGUGCAAAGAUGAUCGCGAGCGUCUGGCCUUCCUACAGUCAGUACUCAAGAAGGUGGACACGGAGGACUCUCAGGAUGCGUUGGUGUUUGCUUCGGUCGCAGUGGCCCGGGUCAAACUGAGCCUCGGCGAGCUGGAAGACGCAAAGAAGGACUUGGAUGCCGCAGAGAAGCUGCUGGAUUCAUUCGACUCUGUUGAGGCGGUGGUCCACGCCGCGUUCUACGAUGCCAGCGCCAGCUACUAUCAGCGUAAGGCGGACUUUGCAAACUACUACCGGACCGCCCUUCUUUAUCUGGCGUGUAUCGACCUGUCAUCGCUCUCUGACGAGGAACGACUUCGAAGAGCCUACUACCUAAGCGUUGCCGCCCUGGUAUCUACCAGCAUCUACAACUUUGGCGAGUUAUUGCUGCAUCCCAUUCUGGACACCCUGGGCCGAAGCGAGGAUAAUGCUUGGUUGCGCGACCUCCUCUUCGCCUACAACAGGGGAGACCUUGCUGCCUACGACCUUCUCUCAGAUAACAUUGCGUCCAACCAGCUGUUAAAGGACAACUCGGACAGCCUCCGGCAGAAGAUCUACCUGGCCGCGCUGACGGAAGCUGUCUUCCGCAGACCACCGCACGACAGGACCAUGUCCUUUGCUACUAUUUCCCAGGAAACCAAAGUUCAGCCUCAAGAAAUCGAGCAUCUGGUGAUGAAGGCCUUGAGCCUGGGCCUUCUUCGCGGAUCGAUAGACCAAGUCAGCCAGAUUGCACACAUCACCUGGGUGCAGCCGAAGGUGUUGGACAUGAAACAAAUUGAGAGUAUGCGCAACCGACUGCUGGAGUGGGACUCCAAUGUCAACCAGCUUGGGAACUGGAUUGAGGCGGCUGGGCAAGAUGUUUGGGCUGCAUAA